AUGAGGGACCCUACUGCAGAUAUGGAUCAAGUCGCGUUUGGUCCAGAAUUGGAAACCACCAUCCCCACCCGUGAACGAUCACCAGCUCCUUUGUCCAGCCACCAUCGCUCCUUCACUACGGUAGAUCACACAUCAACCUCCAUUGCUACCCCAGUUAGGCCAACGAGCUCCGCCGGAGAGAAUGCAGCCUUACUACCCAACGAGCCACCGCGACGGCCAUCACCUCGCAGGUCGGAGACCAGUCGACCGGCAAUGUUGAAACGAGCAAAAAGUGACUAUGGACCGAGCCGAGUUACAUUUGAUAAAACCCCUGGAGAUGAAGAGGAGGAUUUUGCCAUGCGACACGGCUGGCAAGAGGAGUACACCUCCAGCGAAUAUCUCAAAAUCCUUCACUCGGCUUUUCCCCCUCAGAACUUCUACAUGUACUUCACCGAGAAGCGCCAUGAAACAAAUGGUAUCCCGCGAGACCCCGUAGGAAGCUGGCCGAGUCAAGACUGGAGAAUGAAGGACCGAUUGAAGACCGUGUCUGCCGCACUGGCCAUAUGCCUGAAUAUCGGUGUUGACCCUCCAGAUGUGGUCAAAACUAACCCAACCUCCAAGCUCGAAUGCUGGGUAGAUCCCACCUCUACUACCGGUGGCGGUCAGAACAAGAUCAUGGAGCAGAUUGGCAAGAAGCUACAAGAACAGUACGAGACAUUGAGUCUGCGCACCAGAUACAAGCAAUACCUGGACCCAUCGGUGGAUGAGACUAAGAAGUUCUGCAUCUCCCUACGUCGGAAUGCCAAGGAUGAGCGGGUUCUCUUGCAUUACAAUGGCCACGGAGUUCCUUUGCCGACCCAGUCAGGUGAGAUCUGGGUCUUCAACAAGAAUUACACGCAGUACAUUCCAGUGCCCCUCUAUGAUCUUCAAUCCUGGCUAGCUGGGCCUAGUCUUUUUGUCUUUGAUGUCUCGCAUGCAGGCAACAUCGUCCAAAAUUUCCAUACGUUCGUGGAGAAACACGAGAAGGAGAACGCCGAAGCAAAGAAAAGAGAUCCCAACGCUAUUGUCCAGAACUAUGGUGAUUGUAUUCUGUUGGCAGCAUGCCAGAAAGCCGAAUCUCUCCCAACCAACCCGGAUCUUCCAGCCGAUCUCUUCACCUGUUGCUUAACCACUCCCAUUGAGAUUGCCCUGCGGUUUUUCAUCCUGCAAAAUCCCCUCAGAACUGAUAUCUCCAUCGAUGACUUCAGAGUUCCGGGUCGUCUCCAAGACCGUCGCAGUCCUCUUGGAGAACUCAAUUGGAUCUUUACGGCCAUCACUGAUACAAUUGCUUGGAACACACUUCCUCGUGCGUUGUUCAAGAAGCUCUUCCGGCAAGACCUUAUGGUUGCUGCACUUUUCCGAAACUUUCUUCUCAGCGAACGCAUCAUGCGCACAUACAAAUGUCACCCAAUCUCCUCUCCCGAACUUCCUGAAACUCAUCAUCAUCCACUUUGGAAAAGCUGGGAUCUUGCUGUGGAGAUGGUCCUGGCCCAGCUGCCGGCUUUGAUCGAUCACGAGGAAAACCGUAGGCAGUAUGAGUACCAGCACUCGACUUUCUUCGCUGAGCAAUUGACUGCAUUUGAGGUUUACUUGCAAUCUGGGCCCACAGAGAAGAAUCCACCAGAUCAACUUCCAAUUGUGCUGCAAGUCCUUCUCAGCCAAGCACAUCGUCUACGUGCAUUGAUUUUACUUAGCAAAUUCCUGGAUCUGGGUCCAUGGGCAGUACAUCUCGCCCUCAGCAUUGGUAUCUUCCCUUAUGUGGUCAAACUAUUACAGUCGGCUGCGCAGGAAUUGAAACCCGUCAUGGUAUUCAUCUGGGCGAGAAUUAUGGCCGUGGACUACACCGUGCAAAACGACCUUCUGAAGGACAACGGCAUUCAUUAUUUUAUCUCGAUCUUAAAUCCAUCUUCCCCCAUCCCCGUCGGAAAUGCGAGUGAGCAUCGGGCGAUGUGUGCCUUCAUCGUCUCGAUCUUUUGCAAAAGCUACCCGCAAGGUCAGAAUGUCUGUUUGUCUGGAGAGUUAUUUGACUCGUGCCUGAAACAUCUUGGAGACGUCGAAAAUCCAUUGCUCCGACAGUGGUCCUGUCUCUGCCUUAGUAUGCUCUGGUGUGAUUUCCCGGAAGCGAAAUGGAUGGGUAUUCGCUGUUCAGCUCCUGCACGAUUAUGUGAGCUGAAUUUUGAUCCGGUACCUGAAGUUCGCGCAGCGAUGCUACAUGCGGUCACCACAUUCAUUGGGAUCCCAGAUUUGACGGACCAAGUGGCCCAGAUUGAGGAGUCACUAGCUUUGGCAGUCUUGCCCAUGGCCGCAGAUGGAAGUGUGAUUGUGAGAAAGGAGCUGCUUGUCUUCUUCUCCACCUUUGUCAAACGCCAUCAGAACAAGCUUUUGGUGGCCGCAUAUGAGGAGCUCUACAGUGAGAAACGGUCUCUGCAGCGUCGCCUCUAUGAUGCCUCGCCAAUGAGUCCAUCAGAGAUCCAAAACGGUUCGCUGGAGCUAGACGCCAAGACCCCCCAGCUUUCUCGAAACACCACAUUUGGGACUCUCUGGAAGCAAAUUCUGAUUCUCUCCGUUGAUCCCCAUCCCGAUAUUGCUCAGGGUGCCGGUGUGAUCGUUGAUUACAUCCAUCUCAUCCUGUUAGAAUCACCUAUGUCGACUCUUGCUGACAAAAUCAGAAUUGAGAUCCUGGAUCUCACAUAUCGCCUGUCACAGAAGCUACAGAUUUCAGAACGUCUGGAAGCCAAAAAGACAGCACUUCCUUCAAUGACCCAGUCAUCUAUCGCCCCAACCCCCAAACAAGAAGGUUAUCUUUCGCUUGGCUUCAAGCGCACCGCGAGCUAUGCUGCCUCACUGAAGAACCUUGCAUUUGGCGGUACGGGCCCGGGGGAUACAUCGUCCGAUAAUACUGCGCCCCCGUCUCCUUCCAAGAGUCGCAUGCCCAUGACCCCCCGUGGUCGUGCUCCACCUGAAUGGACUCGACCUCCCGAGGUAAACGACCACGUCGCCCCCGCGACAGCCUAUCACCUGGCUCCCACGCCGACUUCGCGUGGCUUUCAAUACAGGGACCCAGAAGGAGUCCCUAUCAUUCCCUUGAAAAGCAGAUUCUUGGACUGGUCAACAGAGGUAAUUGCGGAACUCUUUCUCAACAUGAAAAAAACACACACCAAAUUUUAUGAAAACGUACUCACCCUUGAGAAGUACUUCCGGGAGCCCCAGAUGAAACCAAACGAACCCGAUGAGCCCGGAAGUUCCGACUACAACGAACGUCUCUGGCGGCGCAGUCGCAAUGAGAAGAUUAUUGCGGAGACUCAGCCCCUCAAAGGCAAGGCAGGUACUAGUCGAUGGGACAACUCGAUUUCUCUCUUAUCCAACAGCAGCCAACCCUUGAAGAUGUGUUUCCACCAAUUUGAAGAUCACAUCGCUGUGGCAGACGACCGUGAUACCAUCGCUAUUUGGGAUUGGCAGAGUCAUAAGCGUCUCAACCAAUUUUCCAAUGGCAACCCUGUUGGAUCCAAGAUCAACGAAGUUCGAUACAUUAAUGAAGAUGAUCAGGCCCUUCUGCUGACAGGGUCCUCGGACGGUGUACUCAAGUUGUUCCGGAACUACGAAUCUGCUAGGGAUAUCGAAGUCGUCACAUCCUUCCGCGCUUUGCCUGACCUCAUUCCUAGCAACCGAAAUGCCGGUCUUGUUCUUGAUUGGCAACAGGGUCAAGGAAAGGCCCUAGUGGCAGGCGAUGUCAAGGUGAUUCGGGUGUGGAAUGCAGCCACCGAAGUCUGCACUAAUGAUAUUCCCGCACGCUCUGGUUCAUGUAUCACCUCUUUGACGUCUGAUCAGGUUGCCGGCAAUAUCUUUGUCGCCGGUUUUGGGGAUGGUGCAGUUCGUGUCUUUGACCAGCGACUAAAGCCCACGACUUCCAUGGUUAAGGUCUGGCGCGAUCACAAGCAAUGGAUCACCAACGUUCACAUGCAGCGUGGUGGCUUGCGAGAGCUCAUCUCAGGAAGUCGCAAUGGCGAAAUUCGACUUUGGGAUCUCCGCAUGAAUGACGCUUUAUCUACUAUCUUUGCCACAAAAGAUACUCUUCGGACCUUGAGUGUGCAUGAACAUGCACCUGUCUUCAGCAUGGGCACCAACCGUCAUGAAGUCAAGACGUUCAACGUCGAUGGGACCUAUCUUUCCACCUUCGAACCUUACACCAGCUUCCUCCAUCAUAACCGUUCCUCCCCCAUCGCUAGCACGGCAUUCCAUCCGCAUCGCACAAUGCUCGCAUGUGCAGCAUUGAAUGAUAACCACAUUAACCUUGUGUCUUGUUAA